GGCGCCCGGACCGAGGCCGGUUGGUAGCGGCGUGCGGCGAGGCAGGCCAGGGGCUGGCAUGCCGGGUCCCUCGCCCGGCGGCUCCCCGGAGAGGGAGACAGGAGCAGGCGGGCGGCCGCGGGGGCCCGGCAGGGACCGGCGGGUGCGGUUCCGGUUGCCCCACACGGCUAUCGCGCUGCCGACGGUGCGCGAGGAGGAGCGGCUCUUCUACCUGCGUCUGGAGGCACUGGUGGUGCCGGGGCCCGGCGGCUUCGGGCCACUCUUCGCCGCCGACGGCUGGAGCGACCUGACGGAGGACCGGCUGCUCCGGAAGCGCGUGGUGCGGGCCGGGCCGGGCGGGCCACAGCCGCGGCCGGGGCAGGAGGUGUCAGUGAAGGUCCUGGGCGCCCUGGAGGACGGCGGGCUAGUGGAGCGGGACCCGCGGCUCACCUUCGUGCCUGGCCACGGGGACGUCGUGCAGGCGCUGGAGCUGGGCGUCCCAACCAUGCAGCCCGGGGAGAUCUCCUUCUUCCUCGCCGCCUGCCCCUACGCUUAUGGCCGCCCGGGCAGAGAGCCCGACGUGCCGCCCGAGGCGCCGCUGCUGUUCGAGGUGACGCUGCUGGAGGUGCGGGACGGCCCUGACCCGCAGCCGCUGCCGCCCGCCGCCCGCCUGUGCCUGGGUUCGCAGCGCCGGGAGCGGGGCAACUUCCACUUCGCGCGGGGCGACUUCGCGGCGGCGCUGCGCUCGUACCGGCUGGCCCUGCACGCCCUGGAUGGCCCCGUUACCGCGCCUCCCGGGCCCGAGGAGGAAGAGGAGCUCCAGGAGCAGCGCGUGAAGUGCCUCAACAACUGCGCGGCCGCCGAGCUGAAAGUGGGGCGGGCGGAGGAGGCGCUGGCAGCCUGCGAGGCAGCCCUGCGGAUCAACCCCGACAACGGCCGGGCGCUGCUCCGGCGGGGGCAGCUGCUGGCGGAGCAGGGCCGGGAUGCGGAGGCCGUGCUCGUCCUGAGGAGGGCCCUGGAGCUCGAUCCGGCCAGCAAGGUGAUCCACGCCGAGCUCUCACGGCUAUCGAAGCGUCAGAACCCCCCAUCUCGCACCGCCUCGCAGGAGCCCCGCCACCACCCGAUGCUGCCGCCGAGCCCCGGAUCUCCUGCACCACCCACGGCAGAAGAAGCGGUCUGAGCGGCCCCGCAGCGCACCGGAGCCCGACCGAAGAGAGAGGAACGCUCCCGCACCGUCCUCCCCGCAUUGCCCCGCACUCCCCGGGGUGGAGAAGAGCGUUGCGG